GCGGGGCUCCGGCAUUCCCGGCCCAGGGCGCGCCGCCUCCCAUGCGCCGGAGGCCGCGCGGGGUCUCAGCCCUCUCGCCCCCCUCCCUCCCUCCCACCGAGAGCGCCUCGUCGCGGGGCGCCCGGCCGGGACGCCGGGCACGGAGCGGUGAGGAGAGGCCGGGCGGGGAGCCCCGCGCCAGGAUUUGUGUGUGAUCAGCACUGUGCUGUACCACAGUGAAGAGGUAUUUUUCACUUCAAGAUACCUUGCAUUAAAGGAUCAUGGUAGACAGUUUAAUAGUUUCUUUGAGACUUCUCAGUUCCCUAGCAGUGUUGGGAUUUCAGUUUGUCAUCCCACAGCCUUCAAUUGAACACAGAAAGGUUCCGCAGAGGAUAGAAGAGCAAGGAGAUGCGUCUGAGGACAGCAGUGCAGGAAUCCCAGGCAUGUGGGGCAACUGGGGCCCCUGGUCUGCCUGCUCCCGGAGCUGCAGUGGAGGUGUGAUGGAGCAGACCCGGCCCUGCCUCCCCGCCUAUUACCGGGAGCGGGAUCGGGGGUACCGGCGCCCGGGGCGGCAGUUCCCGGCCUCGGACAGGACUCACCACAGCUCCCACCACGAGGACUCGCUCUCUGCCUAUCCCGGCCACGUCAUUUCUGCCAUCCGCACAUCCGUGCCGCUCCACAGGAACGAGGAGCAGCUUUGGGCUGGGCUUCGUGCCCCUGCCGGGGGCCGGAACAGCAGCCACGGGGGCAGGGGCACACCGAGGGGCAGCCGGCACUCCCAGGGCCAGCAGCAUUCCCAGGGCCAGCAGCAUUCCCAGGGCCAGCAGCAUUCCCAGAGCCAGCAGCACUCCCAGAACCAGCAGCACUCCCAGAACCAGUGGCACAGCGCCCAGGCGGAAAAGAGGAGCAGAAACAGAAAUCCUAUUGGGCCGGGAAAGUAUGGAUAUGGAAAAGUGCCAUACAUUUUACCUUUACAAACUGACACUGGUCAGCAGCCUCAGAAACUCCGGAGGCAGCGCCAGUCCUCGAGGAGCCACGUGUUCCACCCGAGCCCGAGCCUCCUGAGCCCCUACAGCCAAGCAGCUGGGCCUCCAGUCCAACAUGGGAACCUUUAUCAAGAAGCAAGUGGGCCUCAGGCAGGACAUCAGGUCCUGGGACCCUCAGUUUAUCAGUCACCAUCCUUUCCUGCGUCUCCAAGUCUGUUCCAGAGCAGUGACCCUGUGCCAGCCCAGGCCCUGCAGGGGCAGCCCCAGCCCCAGAGGGCCACGGCCAUCGUGUGCGUCGGCACCUACAAGCAGUACAAGCUCUGCAACACCAUUAUGUGUCCUGAAAGCAGCAGAAAUAUUAGAGAGGUGCAAUGUGCAUCAUACAAUAACAAGCCAUUUAUGGGUCGAUUUUAUGAAUGGGAACCUUUUGCAGAAGGAAUGAAGGCAUGUUUGGAAGGAGAAAAGGGUGAUUGUUAGUGGUGAUUUUUUGCAGGUAAUAAACUGAGGUCAGGUCUAUCCUGCAGUCUAGAGCCUGAUAGUAAGUUUUGAAGUGAAAGCAGUGGGAAAUACAUCUGUGCAGGGCUGCAGUU